UAAGAAUUUACAUUUGUAACUUAUAAUAGUAACCUAAAUAUAUACGUAGUAAUCAUUUUUUCGUGAAUAAUUUCUAUCGUCGUUCCAUUAUUUCUCAGUAUCUCUCUUUAUUUCCCCUUACUUUAUUGUCGCUUUUAAACCUUCUUCAAUUUGCUCACAAACCAAAAAUAUAAUACCAAACAACAACAUACAAAAAAAAAAAAAAAUCAGAAAUAUUCCCCUAAUAAUGUCUUCGGACAAUCACACACCGACGAAAGAUCCACCGGAUCAUCCAUCUUCAUCUUCCAACCACCACAAGCAACCGCUUCCUCCUCAACCGCAGCAACCGCUAAGCCGCUACGAAUCGCAGAAACGCCGCGAUUGGAACACGUUCAUCCAAUACCUAAAAUCGCAGAAUCCACCGUUGAUGAUGUCUCAGUUCGACUACACCCACGUGCUAAGUUUCCUAAGGUACUUAGAUCAGUUUGGUAAGACCAAAGUACAUCAACAAGCUUGUGUCUUCUUCGGACAGCCCGAUCCACCAGGACCAUGUACGUGUCCUCUCAAACAAGCUUGGGGAAGCCUAGAUGCUUUGAUCGGAAGGUUGAGAGCUGCUUACGAGGAACACGGUGGCGGGUCACCUGAUACUAACCCGUUUGCAAACGGGUCGAUCCGGGUUCACCUGAGGGAAGUGAGAGAAUCUCAAGCCAAGGCUCGUGGGAUUCCAUACAGGAAGAAGAAGAGGAGAAAGAUUAAAAACGACGUCGUUGCUAUCAAGAAGGAUGUUGCAAACUCUUCGGUUCUUAAUCAGUCGUCUACUUGAUAAUUAUAUCAUAUUAAAACAAUUUCCAAUAUAGGUAAUCAAUUUAAAUUCUCUUUUAUAUUUUAAAUUUAAAGUUUCGUAAGAUCUUUUUUUAUUAUUGAAAAUUUUCUCU